AUCUUUCUUUUAAGGAUUAUUGGCAAAAUGAGACGACUCAUCGACGGAACGAAGUAGGAAUCGUUGCCGUUCGGGUGGGGGCAUAUUCCCCAGAACAUUUUUUUAAAUCCGGAAAUGCCACAUCCAAAUUUUGUUUUCCAGUUUUCCUUAAACUGGAAAUACGCCGAAAAUACAAGAAUAAGACAUUCUCUUGAACUUAUAAAAUUAUUCUUAAUUUUUUGUCAAUAUUUUUUGAAAAAAGUGUUUUUAUCGGGGGGGGGGGGGAGGAAUUUACGAUGAGCAAUUCGCCAUCUAUAUAUAGUUCAGUGGACAAACUUAAUUUCAAUAUGGCGGGUAAAACGAUGAAAGCGCUUGUGAAAGAGAAGGAAGGAGUCUCUUAUAAAUACAUGGAUUACCCAGUUUCUGGGCCAGACGAAGGAGAGUUGCUUGUCAGAGUCACUAGGACAUCCAUUUGCGGUUCAGAUCUUAAUUUAUAUUCAUGGAAUGAAGGUAUUUAUAUAAAUGAAAAUGUACUAGUAAAUUAUUCUCUUUUACCCAAUGGCGUUUUUUCCAUUUAACUUAUUUUAGCAUGUCAGGGGCAGAUAAAAAUUAUAUUCCAUGUUUUCUUGGACGAAUUUGUUUCUUGCUGUUCUUGGGCUCAAUAACAAAGUAAUUUUCAACCCUACUAAGCACAAAACAUGAGUAAGUAUUUGACAUGGAAACGAGGCCAUUAAUUGGGUGAAAAGUGAAUAGACGGUGGGUCUAUUGGUUGUGCAACAACAAAUUAUGACUGCGCAUUUAUAUUGGCCAUCACUUUCUUUUAUAUAGGCCAUCACUUUCUUUUUAUAGUAAAUUAUUAUUUAAACUAAUUGGAAGUUAUAUAGAUUAUGUUUACAUAGAUGGUGUAAUAUUCUGGAAUAUAUUAACUUAUUUAUUGUGUUUUAUUUUCCAGUUGCAAGGACGAUUGCCAAAGUGCCAUUUAUUCCAGGUCACGAAUGUGUAGGAGAAGUUAGUAUUAAAAAUAUAAAGCAUUUUUGUUCUAAUGUAGACAGUGAGGUUGCAUUGAUUCAAUCAUGCAACUGGACCUGUAAAAUAUAGAAAUACUUUUAAAGCCUCUUUCAUCCAUCACCAGAAAUGAACAUUUGCUGCAAGAGCUUUCCGUCCAGUCGCAAUGUUUGACAUUAGAUGGGGAACGUUUAUGGCAAGCUUGUUUUUGCGAUGAGUGGGAAACAGCCCCUGGGCAUUUUGAUAAAAGGCCCUUCAUGGGAAGCAAGGGAAAGAAUUGACAAUCUCUCGUUGGUGCCAUGGAUAAAAUAAUGCACAACAGGUCAUCACCAUGAGAAGUCUGGUAGGGGAAUGUCCAUCUCAAAUGUAUUGAUGAGUAGACAUGUUUUUGUCAUCUCUAGAUAAUCAAGGUUGGUGCUGGCUGUCCUGAUUCGUUUAAAAUUGGUCAACGAGUUUGUUGUGAAAAUCAUUAUUUCUGUGGCAAAUGCUACCAAUGUCUGCAUGGUAUUGCUACAUUUCAUACAAUAAUAAAUAAUAAUACAAUAAUAAAUACAAUAAUAAAUGCCGGAUGUAAACGAGAGGAGGCUAAUGCCAGAUAUAGGGUCAGUAGUUGUGGAGCAAGAUGGCUGAUAUUUUUAUUUAUUUUUCUAAUCUUUACGACCCUAUAAUAAUUUAGAGGUUGUCUGACUCGAUUAACAGUAGUUUUUAGACAACCUGUACCAGAUGGUAAAUUUAUUGUUAACCCAUUGAGUGGCAGCACUUUCCCCCUGACAAGUAAAAUUGUCCGGUGUUAGACAGGGUAAAAUAAUAUUUUGUACAUUUUGUGAUGGUGCUAAUAAAUUGUAUUGUAAUGCAGUAUGUUAUUGUUCAUGAAGGCCAAGAAAAUAUUUGUCAACAUUUAAAUCAAUAUGGUCAUGGAAAUGGAACAGUACAUGGAGGUGAUACAAACAUCUUUUUGUUCACUUUUUACCAUUAACAAGUUAAAACAUGAAUAGACAAGAGUUAAUAUAUUUUUUUUCAUCUUCCAUUAGGGUGUUGUCAGUACACUAUCAUACCAGCUCGUUAUGCUUAUGUAUUGAGGACUGAUAUUUCUGAUAAUGCUGCUUGUUUGUUGGAACGUAAGAAGAUUUAUUUGAUUCUUCAUUUCUGCUCUCUUGGUGUCAUUUGUAAUAUUGAAAUUAUUUUGCAGCAUUUGGAGUUUCGCAUCUUGCCAUGGAAAAGCUUGAACCAGCGGACGAAAGUGUUCUAAUUCAAGGUAUAAAGUCUUUUGAAUAAACAACCAAUAUCUGUGUGUCAUCUACCUUUGUCUUUUUAUCACUCUAGGGUGUGGUCCAAUAGGUCUCAUGGCAACUGGCAUAGCAAAAGCAAUGGGUGCCAAAAAAAUGUAAGCAUUACAAUAACACUUAGUUCUUCAUAUAUACAGUAAGUGUUCUAUACAAGAAGCCUGAAAUAAAGCCUUGGAGAUUUAUUUUCAUUUUCUAAUGUUUCUUCAGUAUUGUGACAGACAUUGUUGAGCAAAAGCUUGAGCUAGCCAAGAAAUUGGGAGCUGACAUUUUGGUGAAUGGUAAACGUCAGAGUUUAGCAGAAGUAGGUUGGUGUUAUAUUUUCUAUAUGCAACGAUUAUUUACUAUAUAGGUCUGCAUUAUGUAGCCAAAGGUAUGUAUUUAGUUUAGUGAUCCAUUAAUUAAGAAAUGAAAAAUUUCUCUUGCAGUUUUUAGAGAGACAGAUGGUUAUGGUGUAGGCAGGAUACUUGAAGCAAGUGGAAAUGCUGACUUGUUAAGCAAUUGUUUUAAAUUACUGAGGUACAGUAUAUCAUUUCUCUCAUUUGGUAAGAAUUUAGUUUAGUUAGGAGGUUAGUGGUGGAAUUAUAGAUUAUCAUUUAUUUCUAGAAAAGGAGGUGUAGUUGUUCUGGUUGGAUUGGUCAAGGUGAGGAAACUGGGCUUUAUUCAUUAUAAGAAUUGCUCUUAAAAGGUGUGCUUUGAGUCCGUCAAUUUAUGGUUUACACGGAUGUUAAAACUGCUCUAAGUUGCAUUGCCUUGUGUAAAAUACCAUGCAUGUAAAAUUGGCCAACUAAUUAAGUGGUAGCGUAUGCGUCUGAUUCAACAAAGUACUUUCCACAUUUGCAGCAAGCAUUUCAUGUGGAGGACUUUCUUAAGGAUAUUUUGUUCAAAUCUUUGACCAUAAAAACACUUCAUGGACGACAUAUCUUCUCAACCUGGGAGAAAGCAGAGAAAAUGCUACAUCAGCGAAAGUGAGUACUAGUAUUGGUUAAUGUUUCUGUUGGGGUUUUUCUUGUUGAUUAGUUCUAGUCUUGCUACUGUCACUAUAUAUGCCUUUACAGUACUCUGCGCUUCAAUUUGUGUAAUCAAUAAGGUUUUCUUGUACUUUCUAGAGUCGAUAUAGAAGCAGUUAUAUCUCACACUAUUCCAUUGAGCAAAUUUGAGGAGGUCAGUAUAUGUUGCACUGUUUUUUACCAACCAAGAAUAGAGACUU